AUGGAAGGAAGUUCCACUGAUGAUCAAAGUACAACUACAGAAACAACAUCAAUAGUUGCAGCACCAGUGACUACGCCUCCACUGAUCGGCAGUAGGGGCAGCAUGGUUCUUGACACUGAUGAAGCGGGUUUGGAAGCUAGUUUCUUGAAUUCUCAUUCAAAAGUUGAGAUCGUCGAUAUGUUGAGGAAACACAUAUACAAUGAUGAACUAGAACAAAACAGUCACCCCCAACGACAUUGGAAAACUAAACCGGUUAGUGAUAUAAAUCAGCAUGCAGAGAAUCACUUCUCGUUGCAAACUAGAAGCACUUCCAAAGGUUUUCUUUUACAUUUCGAAGACAUCAGGAUGAAAGUAUGGAGAUUUCGUGAUUUCGUUACUCAUACUUUAAUAGUAGCCAGAGCUACAUUUUAA